GACAGCAAGUGCUUAGUAAGCCCAGUAGAGCUCUACACAGCAGCAUCUGCAGGAAAACAGAAAGAUCAGCUGUGUCUACUAUAAGAAAGGAUCUCCAAAAAAGGAAAAAAAAAAAAACAUUGGUUUGCCAUCAAGAUGAAGUGUAUACUAGGGGGUUUUCUGCUCACAUGUGUCCUGUGCUGGACUGAAGCAAUCAUAGGAGAGAUGGAUGAAAGGUGGAAAUCUUCUUCAACUUCUGUAAAUGGCAAGUGCAUAUUAGACAGAGAUGAGAGCAAAUACACAGGAAAAGUGUCAGUGACUGUCAGUGGACGGAUUUGUGCACCAUGGAAUUCCAUCCAAGGCUCACGAUACUCUGCCUUCAAAAACUGUUAUCAUAACUACUGCAGGAAUCCAGAUGACUGGACUCAGCCAUGGUGCGUUGUAAAGAAAAGAAACCGUUAUGUACGUGAAUACUGUAACAUACCUCAGGAGGCAAUAAAGCCAGUCAAACGUCCACCAACACCCGAGCCAAUAAAGCAGGACACAGAAUUAACGUGUGGGGAGCGCCGCUUGGACCGACAGACAAAGAUAAUAGGAGGAUUAAGGUCAACUGUUGAGUCACAGCCUUGGAUGGCAGCUAUCUUUAAAGGAGAUGGGUUCAUUUGUGGAGGAACCCUCAUCACUCCAUGCUGGGUCCUCACUGCAGCCCACUGCUUCCCUACUGGUAAAAGAACACAAAUAAAUAGAUACUCUGUCGUCUUGGGAAAGAAUGCCAUCAAUGAAACCGACCCAGUCAAAGAGCAGAAAUUCACAGUGAGCAGACUUGUCAUCCACGAGGACUUUGACUACUCAACUGAAAACUACACUCACGACAUUGCUCUGUUGAAGAUAGAGGACUGCAAUGGACAAUGUGCAGUAAAGACAAAAACUGUAAGAACUGCGUGUCUUCCUCCUUUCCAGCAAAUGCUUCCUGUUGGAUUCUACUGUGAGAUUGCUGGUUACGGAAGAUAUCAAAAGGGUACCUUUAAGUUCUCUAGAUAUCUGAAGCAAACUGAAGUCAAGCUUAUUUCCCAAAAAGUUUGCCAGAGAACGUAUUACAAUAAGGACGAGGUCAAUGAAAACAUGCUGUGCGCAAAUGGUAGAGACUGGAAAACAGAUGCUUGCCAGGGUGACUCAGGAGGGCCCCUGGUGUGUGAAGUAAAUAACAUCAUGUUCCUAUUUGGCAUCAUAAGCUGGGGAAAAGAGUGUGCAGAAAAAAAUCAGCCCGGUGUUUACACACAAGUCAGCAACUACAAUCAGUGGAUCUCACAGCACACUGGUUUGCCUAGAUAUACAGCAGGCUCCAGGUACCCACAAAAGGACUAACUAUGACUGAACAAAUGCUUAGUGACUCAGGGUAAUGUUUCAGCCUGCACAGAAUGCACGUGCCAAUUAUUUAUCCCAUUCGCAUUAUAUAUGGCAGCUACCUCUUCAAUCAAUAGGAAUAAUCUUUAACAGUGCUGUAAUCGUAUUCAUAUAUCGGACAGUGUUACUAGUGGUGUAUAUGAAGGAUAUGUAGAAUGAGUGUACGACCAUGUUUAUAGCAAUAAGCAUGUUAUAAGUGCUCCACAAAGGUACAUUUGUUCAUUUGGCUGGGCAUUAUGUUUGUUUGUUUUAUUAAUUGUUUUUUUAAUAUAAUAUAUUAUUUAAUAUUUAUAUAAUAAUGUAUGUAGGAUGAAUGUGUUUAUUUUUUUAACACUUCUUAUUCUAAAUCUAUGUUUUAUAUGAAAGUCUCCUUUCCAAGUUUAUGGACUUGCAAUGUAUUAUAUUUGACAUUAAACUUGCUUUAAGUCUCUUCAUGUUUUUGUUCAUUAAUUUUGCAUCAUAUUUUCUCUACAUUACAAGCAACAUGCAUUUUCACUUAUGCAUUCAAGUUCUUAUUAACCAAUUGAUUCAUCUAUUAGUCUAAGAGGAAUUCAGACAAUAUUCAUACAGUAUAUAUUUAUGGUCAUGUCUGCCAAUAAGAUUGUUGUUCAUGCAAAAUAUCAAUUGUAAAUUCACUAUUUGUCAAAUAUUUUUGGACAUAUGCCUUUAUGUGCACAUGAACUUUAAUGGCAUCCAAAUUUUGAUGAGUAGGGCUUACCAAUUAGUUAUUUCCGAAUGAGGAAAUUUAUUGAAUAGACAUAUUGCAUCAUGGUUGAAUUCACAGAGGUCCUACAAGCAACUCAUUUUUUUCUACAAUGUUUCUUGAAGCAGUCUGCAUGUCUAGGUACUGGACUGUAUACAGCAUUCUGAGUAUUAAAAUAUUAAUUCUGUUAUCAUUUACAGUUAAGAACUUGAGAAAAAUUAACAUGAUUUGUUUUAGAAAUAGUGUAAUAUUAAGAUUUUAUUAAAUGUAGUUGUAGCUUUACCAUGCUCAAACAAGUGUUUAACAAAAUGCCCUUGUAACU